AUGUUCGCAGCAGUCAUCUGGGCCUCCCUCCUCGCCGCGAUCAGCGCCAACUAUGCAGUCUACAACAUCAACAUCUACGGAACUGAGGCUUGUGGCGCCAGGGUCAACGUGCAGCGCACCGAUAUCCGAGCUGUCGUCGACACCACCGGAGCUUCAACCCUGAAAUUCUACGGGCUGAACAACGCGCAGACUCUGGCCGCCGCCAUCGCCGACGACGCCAACAUCCCGCUUGUCGCCACGCUCACCAACAACUCGAAGUCGGUCACGGUGAAGAGCUACCUGAAGGGAAAAGUUACCGCCACUCAGACGAUCCUCGGCAACGCCAAGGCUUACAACUCGGCCGAUGGGAAGGCUGCGUUUAUGACUCGCUUCCAACGCAACACCUGGAAGAGCUCGACCGGCACGAUUCUUCAGAUGUACCAAUACAUCGAUGACACCACCCUCGUCUACAGCUACGAGCUGUCCCCUGGUGAUGUCCAGAUGGUGCCGAUGUACCUGGGAAUAGACGGCGCGUUCACCGGAACCCCUGUCUUCUACCAGUCUAUCCUGUGCGUCGACGGUACCACCUGGACGACGGCCAUCAACGGCUCGACCAGCACCUCGGCCUCCACCACCACUAACAUCACCCCCACCACCGCUUCCAUC